GCGUUAGUCGUAAGCCCGAAAAGGAAGUUCAAUGUUAUAAACUUUCUCAAACUCUUUGAAGCAUCUUUGAGGGAUCAAAUCUUUUUCAUUUUCAGGGUUUUGCCUCGCUCGGACUCUCUGCUGCCUUCAGUACGCUUUGGGUUUAUGGCCGAUUUCGAGGGCAAUAAUCGAGAAACAUUGGAAGAUGACUUCUGUUUACUUGAAGAUUCAGAUUUAGAGGGGGAUGUUGAUGAACGUUUUUAUGAGCUUCCAAUUCUCUCACCCAAGGCUAAAGCUAAGAUUCCGGUGGAUUACAAUAAAGCCCUCAAAUAUGUAGACAGGAAGGAAGCAGGGUUAGAAGAUGUCUUGAGGGACCAUGCUCUUCAUUUACUCCCUGCAAAAACACUCUUUAGGUUCAAAACUGUUUCCAGAAGAUGGGAUCACUGGAUAAGCAGCCCGCUGUUUGCCCACCGGCAAACUACUUACUUCAAAAACGUAUCUGGUCUCUUUUGUCAAGUUGCUGAUCACAGUCCUUCCUUCAUAUCAUUCAAUCAAGAUGCUUAUGGCAUGCCUGACCCGUCUUUAAGCUUCUUUCCCGAGCCUGUCAAAGUCAGAAGCUCUUGCAACGGUCUGGUUUGUUGCCAGGGUAUUGAGGAUGAUACCUACUACAUUUGCAGCCCUGUGACCAAGGAAUGGAAAAAGCUUCCUAGGCCAAACUUGUAUCAUGGAGCCAAGGCAGCCGUUGUACUUGCUUUUGAACCCUAUGUACUCAAUUUUAAUGAAUCUUAUGAGCUUGUCUGUGCUGUCACAUUUCCCGACUAUCCAGUUGUCUAUUUUGAGAUUUACUCAUCAAGGUCAAGCUCCUGGAGAGUCUCUGACACUAUAUGCUAUGAGCUUGAUGGUUCGGGAUUGCAUGAUGGUGGGUACUACAUGAAGGGAGUUGUCUAUUGGGAAUCCUCUUCCGGGGUCAUUCUAGCGUUUGGUUUGAGGGAUGAGCAAUGCGGAUUUCUGCCACUUCCUGCCAAUGAUGAAGAAUAUGGAAAUGGUGCUUUAGCCAUGAAGCAUGGUGAGUUGUGUUACAUUCAGCCUCGUUAUCAAGAUAAUGUUUGCACUAUAAACAUUCAUGGGAAUAUGGAUAUGAGCCUGAAGUCAGUAAUCAAUCUUCCUUAUGAUGCGGGGAGCGCAUUUGGUGUUUGCAGGGUUUUGGGGUUCAUUAAUGGUGACAUUCUGAUACUUGGACUGGGGACUAGGGUGGUUUCUUAUCAUGUUAAAGAACAGAAGGUGGAACUGAUAAGCCAACAUGAAGGUGGUGCAUGUACAAGGUACAUUCCGUAUGUGAACAGCCUUGUAUCGUUGAGGCAUCCGUUGAUUAGAGACAAGGGCCUAAUUGUGUAGACAGACACUCUCAAACUGUCUUGUACAACCGGCCCUCCUUUGUUGGUAUCUCUGGUCUUCUCUUUAAACUAGCUGCUUGGUUUUAGGAUAAUACUUUUUCUGAGUUUGGUGGAACUGGGAACUUCUGGUGUUUUAGGUCUGUAUUGAACGUCAAUUUUUGAAGCUAUAUUAAUAUAUGGUUUGCUACAUGUAUGAAUA